CAUUAUGGAUCCAAGCUUAUUAAAAGAACGGGAGCUCUUCAAAAAACGAGCUCUCUCCAAUCCAUCGGUAGAAAAACGUCCAGCGCUUUCUGAGUCGUCCUCGUCAUCCAAGAAGAAGAAAGCCAAGGCUGAGCAGGGAGGAUCAUCGGGCUCAAAGCAAAAUUCAGAUCACAGUAAUGGAUCCUUUAACUUCAAAGCCCUUUCUGGAGGCUCAGGAUACAAAUUUGGAGUUCUUGCAAAGAUUGUAAAUUACAUGAAGACCCGACACCAGAGAGGUGACACACAUCCAUUGACUUUAGAAGAAAUUUUGGAUGAAACCCAGCAUUUGGACAUAGGGCUUAAGCAGAAACAAUGGCUGAUGUCUGAGGCGCUAGUCAACAACCCCAAAAUUGAAGUAGUAGAUGGAAAGUAUGCCUUCAAGCCCAAGUACAACCUGAAGGAUAAGAAGGCCUUGCUGCGGCUCCUCGAUAAGCAUGACCAGAGAGGCUUGGGAGGAAUCCUCCUAGAAGACAUUGAGGAGGGGCUGCCCAACGCCCAGAAAGCCAUCAAGGCCUUAGGGGACCAGAUCAUCUUUGUCACGCGUCCUGACAAGAAGAAGAUCCUUUUUUUCAAUGAUAAGAGCUGUCAGUUCACAGUGGAUGAAGAAUUUCAGAAACUUUGGAGGAGCAUCACUGUGGAUUCCAUGGAUGAGGAGAAGAUUGAAGAGUAUCUGAAGCGACAGGGUAUUUCUUCUAUGCAGGAGUCUGGACCAAAAAAAGUGGCGCCCAUCCAACGGAGGAAGAAGCCGGUGUCCCAGAAGAAGCGCAGGUUCAAGACACACAAUGAGCACCUGGCCGGGGUCUUGAAGGAUUACUCCGACAUUGCUCCAGGCAAACAGUGAGCGGCUUCCCGCUGAGGACACUCUGGCUGGUGGCGGCUGGAGGGCGGCCCCUUCUCCCUGCCCGCAGAGAGGAAGCGGCUCCUUUACCCAGCGGGCUGAGGUACCAGCCUCCUCCGACCUUGCUUUGAUGGAUUGAUUGGCCGCGAGGCCAUUCACCCGGUGAAGGAGGUGCCUGCCGCACUGUUGUUAUCAAUGUUUAACUAUGCUUCCCCUUUUGUUAUUAGAGCAAGUUUGCAGAUAGGGCUGAAUGCAGUGUGUGUUUAUUCUGAGAGAACCUAUUUAUAAUAAAACCGUUGUAGAAACAUGUUCCAGGGAGGAGUGAAUUCUGUUUUCUUUCUCUUCAGCAGCCUUAGUUAAACUUAGGAAGGGUGCUCACUUGUGGGGAAACCGCAGCCCUGGGAAAGCCUGGAUCGGCUGGGACAGUGACCUGAGCACCGCCUUUCGUUGGAUGGUGACAGCAAUAAAGACGGCUUGGAUGUUAUUUCCAAAGGACUUGAUUUAUAGCGUGCUCAGAUGCGUCGGGCUUGGGACGUCAUGGUCUGACGUGGCAUUCCAAAAUCCAGAGAACGUCGUCCGGUCCUCCCUGCAAGCUUCGUAUCUAAAAGCAGCGGCGUCCGUUGGCCGGAUGGUGGGCGCUGCCCCACCUUCUGCUUUUGUCUCGACCUUCCUAUUCCUGUUUCCCUUAUUGAUUCUUCUUUGUACUUUCUCCUUGGUCUCCGUUUCACUGUCAGUGGCCAUGCUUCCAGGUAGCAUUCAUGAAGCUCUGUGGGCAGUGAUGCUCCUUGGGAUUCUUAGGGAUAUGCAAGGAGGUGACUGAAGGGGGCGGUGAAGGGAUUUGGGUUUCUGUGGCCCCUAAUUCAAAAGCCACGUGUCGCUGCCCUGCACCUUGGUUCUGGUGAUGGCGUAUGACCAGAAGGAUUGCCUCUGGUCGUGUCCGUCUCCCACAGUCUCUGGGUGCAGGUUGUUACCAAAGGAGACAGUGGAAACAUUCUGGGCAAGGGAUACUGUGUUAUUGUGAAUACAGAAGAAACUUUUUCUGAUCUAGAUAAAAGCGGGAAUCCGUCAUUCGGGUCUGUAUGGGACAUUGAGUUAGUUAACCACGGGAUCUAUGGAAAUGGUGUGACCUGGUGGAGAAGGCACCGAGCUUUUGGAGUCAGCCCACAUGGAUAAUUCCCACCUGCAGCAUGCAUACAUCACGGGACCAUAGAUUUAGAGCUGAGUGGACCCUCCAGGGUCAUUGAAUCCAACCACCUCAUUUUGCUGAAGGGCCACCGGCUGACUGAGCCAUCACUGGAACCCAGAUCUUUGAACUCUGAAUUUCUAACAUAACAUGCUGAUUUUUCUUGGUUCAGAGGGUCCAACUUUUCAAGGGAAGUGGUGAUAUUUUGUAUUUGUAUACAUUUUUCUUGGGUUUCUGUUUUUUAAAUUUAAUUUUUAAAUUCUAGAUUUAACAAACAUCAAAAACACAAAAACAAAACCCAUGAGCAUCUCCAUGUACAAAGCAGAACACAGAAAGAUCGUCUAUGAACUUUUGCAUACUGUAUGCUUUUUUAAAAUGCACAUAAUAAAUUCACAUAGUACUUUCAAAA